AGUUGCAGUCCAAAACACCUUGACAGCCCAACUUUGCAUACUCAGUCUAUAGAAUAGUAUAUAUAUAUAUAUGAACCUAGGCAGCUGUCUACUUAUGAAGGGUCUCCAGGAAAGAGCGAGGGAAGGAGGAACAGAGAGAGAUCAGGGUUGCAGACUAAUUAUGACCUUGUCACUAAUGGCUGAUGAAGCAUCCAUCACCAUCUGGUCUCUGACUGGCCGCAGGGAUUGACUCAAGAGCUGCCAUCUCAAUCCCGGGGGCUAAUUGUUUUUGCUAAACUACCAGACUCCCCUCCAGCCCGUCCUGUUGUCUUUUCCCCCCGCCUCCCUUACUUACACACAGAGUAAAUGGAUUAGCCACCAGAUUGUGGAAAAAAGGGCCCGGGAGUGCAUCUGCUUUGCGAGAGGAGCAGCAAAGGUGACAACCCUUUGCCCGCUUUCCCUGCCUUUCUGGCCCUGCGUCUCUCUCUCUCUUUCUUGCAAGGCAUCAGAGAUGAAACACUAAACAAGUCUUGGAAUGUUGCCCUCUGAUGUGGUUCAAACCCUUGCUGCCCAAGUCUCCAGUCCUCAACGAGGAGUAGAAUAGGUUGAGUGAAAUCCUAACCUGUCUCCUGAAUGGUAGUUGGGAUGUAUCUAUUUCUUCUCUCCUCUCUGUUUCUACUCUCGUUCUGUUUGGUUGUGUUGAAUGGAUACUCGCUCUAUCACAUGUGUUGGAUCUGUAAAGAAGCAACAAAGUUUUGGACGAAGAUUCAUGAAGAAUCACAAAAAGUUUUAAAGAGAACCUUUAUAAGAAAACCAGAGUAUUAUCUACCCUGUUUCCCCGAAAAUAAGACAGUGUCUUAUAAUAAUUAUAAUAAUAAUAAUAAUAAUAAUAAUAAUAAUAAUAAUAAUAAUACAGUACAAUUUUACAAUACAAUUUUAACCAACAUAAACCUAUCAGGAUUUCAAUGGGAAGUGUGGGCCUGCUUCUGGCCAAUGAGAUAGUCAGGUUAAUUAGGAUUGUUGUUGUUGUUGUGUGCCGUCAAGUCAUUUCAGACUUUGGGUAAGCCUAAGUCUAAAAUUAUUUAUUCAUUUAUUUACUACAUUUAUUUACUACAUUUAUAUCCCGCCCUUCUCACCCCGAAGGGGACUCAGAGCAGCUGUAUGUACAUACAGUAGAGUCUCACUUAUCCAACAUAAACGGGCUGGCAGAUUGUUAGAUAAGCGAAUAUGUUGGAUAAUAAGGAGGGAUUAAGGAAAAGCCUAUUAAACAUCAAAUUGGGUUAUGAUUUUACAAAUUAAGCACCAAAACAUCAUGUUUAACAACAAAUUUGGCAGAAAAAGUAGUUCAAUACUCAGCAAUGCUAUGUAGAAAUUACUGUAUUUACGAAUUUAGCACCAAAAUAUCAUGAUGUAUUGAAAACAUUGACUACAAAAAUGAGUUGGAUAAUCCAGAACGUUGGAUAAGCGAAUGUUGGAUAAGUCAGAUUCUACUGUAUUAUGUACCCUGUUUCCCCAAAAAUAAGACAGUGUCUUAUAUUAAUUUUUGCUCCCAAAGUUGCGCUAGGUCUUAUUUUCAGGGGAUGUCUUAUUUUUCCAUGAAGAAGAAUUUACAUUUAUUGUUGAACAAAAAAUGAACAUCUAUAUAUAUAAAAGGGUAAUGAAAUUUCGGCCUAGGACAAAACAACAAAACGACACAUCCCAGAAACACUAAACUUGGCAGCACAACCCCUCAUCCAUGCCUCUACGUUCAUACAACAAAAAGAAAAGAAAAAUAUAGUCCUAAUUAGAGGGAGAGGAACCAUGACUUGUUCAUGGUUCAAGUCAAGCCUUGAUUUUAGACUUAAUAUAUCCUGGAAGUUUUCUAUGUUUUUAUUCAUAUAUUCCUGCCUAAGUUUUACUAGUUAUGCCUUCCUGAUUGUGGAUUUAUGAUGUAUCUGUGAUUCCUGGCUGUUCCUGGACUUUGUCACCUUUGGAACUUCAUGAGACAUUUGGAUUAUUGUUUAAUGUAUAUAUUUGCUAACCUGUAUUCUAUGUGUAUGUUGAUUUGCCAGUUUGACUGUGGGAGGAGUUGUAGACAUGUGAUUUUGCUGAGCAUAUUCAGACUCAGGACUCCAUUCUAUAUUCAAUAUCUGUUUUCCACCUCAAAUGGAGGUGGAUGUGUGUCUGCAUCAAACCUCAGUGGAGGUGGAUGCAUGUUGUUGUUCGGACUUCAGUGCAGACUUAUGGACUUCAGUAAGGACAACUAUACCUAAAGACUAUGGACUAUUGAUUAAGAGUGAUAUCCUGUGUACUCAACACACGCAGAACUACAUCUUAUCAAUAGUAUUUGUCUCAAUUUGUUUCUGACACAUAAAAUACAAACUGUGAGUAGCUGAUCAGAGCCUGUCCAAGGAUUUUGCAAAAGCUCAAAGGUGAAGUACAACUCUCAGAAUCUGCCAUUAUUUAUACUGGAAGGGGAAUUUUGGGAAGUCGAAAAAGUAACUUUCCCAAGCUUAAGAAAAAAAGCUAAAUAAAUUUCCCCCUUCAUGUGGUUGUACUCACAGUGCAUCAACCAAGCCAUAGUCACAAUUUUAGCUUGAUUCCAGAAGCUUCUUCCAAGAUCAUUCCAAGAGUUCAGGACUUGAAUUUGAAUAUUUUUCUUCUCAAAGCCCUGUGAUUUCUUUGGCAAGUUUCCUCAUCUCUCCAGAAAGAUGCAGCGUCUAUUCGGAGAGUCAAUGCACUCACUUUCCUGAAAAAUAAACGCCCCAUGAAAUAUUUAGCUCUGAUCAGCAGCUGUCCUUGUAGGUUAACCCUCCUCCCUCUCCAAAAACCUCUUUGAUUGGAUCUCAGGGUGCCAACAAAAGUAGACAAUGUUGUGGUGACUGGUGGGGAGUGAGGGCUGAGGUAGAUCAAAUGUCUAGAGAACACAGCCAAUCUUAAUUUCUGGCCCGCCAGCUGAUGGCUGAACAAAUGAGUCGUAAUUGCCCCAUAGAUGGAUGGCAAGAGCAUGGCACGGGGCCGUUUUGUUAAGCGGCUGCGGAUAGAAAUGGUGCGGACAGAUUCGGUGUCAGAGGGAGGUCUGGUUACAGCUUUCUGGCACCAUUCGGGCCUCGGCGACGGUUCUUCGGCACCUUUCCCAUUCUUUUUUCUAUGGCUGAUGGUUCCACCUUUGGAGAGAGGCUAAAGAUUAAGAGGAUGACAGAGAGGCAUCUGCUUACACAGCGUUAAGGGCUAAUCUUCCCCACUACGCCACGGGAGCCUUGAAGAGAAGGGGGCUCGCACGCGGGCAGGACUCACACGGACAAAGUACCCAGAGGUCGACCCUCAAGGAAGAAGCGGCCAGCAGAUAGGCAAAUGGUAGUCCCCAUUUAGCAUGGCAGAGGCUGGCUUGCGUUGAAGGGACACUUCCAACAAGUCGUCCAGUUGCAACUGUAGAUAGCGGCUGGUCCACAUCAGCCUGGGUGCAACGACUUCUCUUGAGUCUUGGAGAACAUCUGAGGAGGAAGAGGCUGGUGCGAUAACACACGAAGACGACGUUCAAAAGCCCAAGGAGUUCAAGACCCAUCCGCUCUUCUCUGCCCCGAUCAAGUGCAGGCAUGGCUGUCUCCCCAACAGAGUCUGUGAUGAACAAAGGACUGGAAGGGAGCCCAACAGUAGGGCUCAGCAUGGCUCCUGGGAAAGUCGGAAGUCCCGUCUUGUUGUGUAAAGUGUGUGGCGAUACCAGCAGCGGGAAGCACUACGGCAUCUAUGCGUGCAACGGCUGCAGCGGUUUCUUUAAGCGCAGUGUCCGCAGAAAGCUCAUCUAUAGGUGCCAAGCUGGCACCGGGAUGUGUCCGGUGGACAAAGCACACAGGAACCAAUGCCAAGCCUGCCGUCUGAAGAAAUGCCUACAGGCAGGAAUGAACAAGGAUGCAGUGCAAAACGAACGCCAGCCCCGCAGCACCGCACAAGUCCGCCUUGACGCCAUUGACUUGGAUUCGGAGCGGCAACCUGAGCACCUGGCUACCACAAGGGAUGCGGCUCCGCCAUCAUUGCCCCUGGCUUGCCCUUCGCUGCCACCAAGCCACAGAGCCCCCACGUCCUGCUCCGUGACGGGGGCUUCAAGGGCCCGGGCCCCGACUCCCCCCAGCAACCAUCGCUUCAUGGCCAGCCUGAUGACAGCUGAGACGUGUGCCAAGCUGGAGCCCGAGGAUGCUGAUGAGAACAUCGACGUAACUGGCAAUGAGCCAGAGCGCCCAGGGGGUGAAGCCCACGUCUCCCCAUAUCCAACCGCCAGCCCAGAGAGUGUCUACGAAACCUCUGCCCGGCUCCUUUUCAUGGCUGUGAAAUGGGCAAAGAACCUACCAGUCUUCUCAAACCUCCCUUUCCGAGACCAGGUGAUCUUACUGGAGGAAGCCUGGAGUGAGCUGUUCCUACUCUGUGCCAUCCAGUGGUCUUUACCGCUGGAAACGUGCCCCCUGCUUUCUGUAUCGGAUCUCGCUCCCGCUCUCAAUGGAAAGCUUGUCUCUGGUGGAACUGACAUUCGUGCCCUGCAGGAAGUAAUCGCCCGCUUCAAAGCCCUAGCGGUGGACCCGACAGAGUUUGCCUGUAUGAAGGCAAUUGUACUCUUCAAGCCAGAAACAAGAGGUUUGAAGGAUCCAGACCAAGUGGAGAAUUUGCAGGACCAGUCCCAAGUGAUGCUGGGACAACAUAACCAGAUACAUUACCCAAGCCAGCCUGUUAGGUUUGGAAAGCUCCUGCUGCUCCUACCUUCACUGAAAUUUAUUUCUUCAGACCGUAUCGAGCUGCUUUUUUUCCGCAGGACCAUCGGAAACACCCCUAUGGAGAAACUGCUUUGUGACAUGUUCAAAAAUUGACGUUGGAGUUAUGCCAAGACUUCAGACAUGUGUUUGUUUAGAAACCGGAGUUUGGAAAGCAAGAUGCCAAAGAAGAAAGGCAAGCUGCUCCGGGCUCCUGCUGCACAACCAGCACUUGCAAACCAUCACGUGGCAUCUUAACUGGACACCAUUUGUAUAAUCAGAAAAGUCUUUGAAAUCCAUAGACCGCAACUUUAUAUAUUCCAAAAUGACAAUUGUCUGAACAUACACCCUCUCUACAUGCCAUUUCCAAAAUCCCAUCCCAUUUCCUUGUGCAAUUUCACCCCCGGAUUUCGUUUGCCCAGUAUAUAGCCCUGCAUCAUUCAGAUACUCUGCAACAGAAAGCCACUAAAGUGGUUUCAUUUCAGGCCUGAAAUAAAUACGGUCUGAAUAUGAGCAUCUCCAUGGCAAAUUCAAUCAGGAAGGCAUCCAUGGACAACACACUCCUCAAUGUGGAAGAGAGGAACAACAGCACCUCUCCACAGCCUCCAGAUGCCGAAGAUGGAAAAAGAGAAAAGCCUUGCCUCUGUCUAUAUACUGACUGUGUUUGUUCUUAAUUAUAUAAUGGCAUUGAAUAUUUGCCAUAUAUGUAUUCUGUAAUCCGCUCUGAGUUCCCUCAGGGAGAUAGAACGGAAUAUAAAUAAAGUAUAUUAUUAUUAUUAUCAUCA